AUGCCACAGCAGCGCCCGCAGCAGAGAAAGAUUCCAGCCUCCACCUCCUGCCUGACUGCUGGGGCUCUCAGCCUGCAGUUUCCUCUAAGGCUCUGGAUUGGUCCGAGGGCGACAGAGGGCUGGGGAAGAGCCUCUAUAUAUUCCUCAGAGGGAAAGGCAGGCCCAGACAGUUUUGAAGGUUUCAGACUCUAUCUGCUGUUAAGAAGUUGUACUCAAAGCUGAGGAGCUAAGCCAGUUGCCAAAAUGUGCAAAGGACUUGCAGCUUUGCCCCACUCCUGCCUGGAAAGGGCCAAGGAGAUUAAGAUCAAGUUGGGAAUUCUCCUCCAGAAGCCAGACUCGGCUGUUGACCUUGUCAUUCCAUACAAUGAGAAGCCGGAGAAACCAGCCAAGGCCCAGAAACCCUCGCCGGAUGAGGCCCUUCAGUGGCGUGAUUCCCUGGACAAGCUCCUGCAGAACGACUAUGGACUUGCCAGUUUCAAAAGUUUCCUGAAGUCUGAAUUCAGUGAGGAAAACCUUGAGUUCUGGGUUGCCUGUGAGGAUUACAAGAAGAUCAAGUCUCCUGCCAAGAUGGCUGAGAAGGCAAAGCAAAUUUAUGAAGAAUUCAUCCAAACAGAGGCUCCUAAAGAGGUGAAUAUUGACCACUUCACUAAGGACAUCACAAUGAAGAACCUGGUGGAACCUUCCCUGAGCAGCUUUGACGUGGCCCAGAAAAGAAUCCAUGCCCUGAUGGAAAAGGAUUCACUUCCUCGCUUUGUGCGCACUGAGAUUUAUCAGGAGUUAAUCAAGUAGUAAUUUAGUCAGGCUAUGAAAAUCUUCCUGAGUUACUUCCUCCACAAUAACCCUGCAUUUUCCUGUAACCUACAUAUCUUCCGACAGCAGCUCUGCUCAAAGAUACUGGGGAGUAUUGCUUGCUCUCUUUUUCCAUAUUGUUUUGGGCGUUUAUCUAUUGUCCAAAUGCCUUCUUUCCCUACUUUCUUCUUCCUGCCCCACUCUUAAUUGAGCUCUACUCAGUUAGUAGUCAGAUCCAAUGAGAACCACAGAAAAAUCCUGCCUAAGGCAAAGAAUUAUAAGACAAGAAUAUAUCAUUAAAUGUGGAUUUGGGCAGUAGAUUUCUACCUAAAUAGGUCUGAAAAAGAAUGUCCAUAUGGAAAGACCAAUUUCAAGGGAGCUUAAUUGAUCUCACUUGUUUUAAUUCUGAUCCAGGGAGAUCACCCCUCUAAUUAUUUCUGAUUUGGUUAGUAAAAGGUGAUGUGAUCUUUAUGAGACAGCCACUAUUUGAUAUUUUAAGCCAAUACAAUAUUUAAAAUAUUGAUCUUUCCUUGGAGCACCUUCACGUUACCUGGAUAUAAGGAAGAGACACAACACAACCAUGAAAAUAUGGUGUUUAUACAAAAUCAAUCUGAACACAAUUCAUAGCAAUUCUUUCCUUAUACCUCCCUCACUGCCUCCCCAUAAAGUUACCAAAUUCCGUUUUAAAUCAACAACUUAACAUUAAAAAAUGAAUGAUUUUAUAUAUGUAUCUAUGCUCCUAGCAUAUAGGUCAAAUGUUACAGUUUCCAAAUUAUUUGAAAUCCUCAUGAGUGUAAAAUUCCAAAAUUUCUAAUUCUAAUCCUGUAAAAUAAAACUAUUGCUCCAGUGGGGUGGUCUCCCACCUCAAUAUUAAGAGGGCUAUACUAAAAAGGGAAAACAUUAUUAAGCUUAAAUGGCUAAUUAUCCUAUGGUGCUAUUAUCAUAGGAUAAUGACAAUUAUCUUCAAAACACCAAAUCAUCCUUGGAAAAAUUAAGGUGACUAUAUAUAGAGGCUUUCUAAGUGAGACAGAAUUUUCGAGUACUCUGCAUUUU